AUGUGCUCUUCAGAAGGUGAUUGCAGGCCUCUGGGCUUUCUGCUCGGCCUUCCUUUUGCUCUCCUCUCCCUCGUCCUCUCCAUCGUCGGCAUCGUUAUCUGGAUCGUCGGAUUGUUGCUGACUUGCAUAUGCCCGUGCUGUUUGUGCGUGACGGUGGUCGUGGAGUUGGCUCUGGAGUUGGUCAAAGCCCCAAUUCAUGGGAGGUGGGUGGCUGCGGGACUGGUGGGCGUACAUUUUUACGGCACAUCCACACCUCCGAGGGGAUCAAAACCAGCUCUUCCAUGGGGAUUUUCCAAUUUUCAGAUCCCCCUUUACCCCAAGGAAUUCGCCGCUGGUCAUGCGCUGCAGCCGGCUUUGGGUGGCUGCUCCACAACUGGAAGCGAAAACAAACUGAAAACAGCGCGAAUGGACUAUGAAAAACCCAUCUUUUGUGUUCUUGAUGCUUUAACCUACGUGAGCUUCUGGAUUCUCAAAGGAUUGCUUGGUAGAGGUUUUCACAGUCCACGCAUCCAGAAGAAUGGGGAAACAAAAAUUCAGAAGAAAAUUUGGGAGAUGGAGAAAGUGGAAGCGUUCUUUUGGCUUUGA